AAAAGACAAAUAAGUUGUGUCGCUAUAGCGAAUUUUAAGUUUGAUGAAGCCCUUGUUUGCAAAGUAAUAAUUUUUGCCCCCUGUUUGCUCCGCUAAAGACACCACGAGCGAGACCUAUAAGAUUCCAAUUUUUUUGUUACAUUUUUUCCCCACUAAUAACGGCUUUCGUUUUUUUCCUUCAUCAUCUAAGUAUCUCUUAUAUUAAUUUUUUCUUGAGAACGCAUGACAAUGGCCAUUGAUUGUAUGGUGAUGACAAAAAUCAAGUCACCUAUAACACAAACAUCGUCUGAUGAGAAAAAACCAGUGAUUUUCGAUUCGUCUGUGCUUAAAAAUGAGUCGAACAUUCCUAGACAAUUCAUAUGGCCAGACCACGAGAAGCCUUGUGGUGGUGCUCCUGAACUUGAUGUCCCACUUAUCGAUUUAGGGGCUUUCCUUUCAGGUGAUCCAAUUGCAGCUAAACGAGAAUCUAGGCUGGUUGAUGAAGCAUGCAGGAACCACGGUUUCUUUCACGUGGCGAAUCAUGGUGUUGACACUAAACUUAUAUCACUUGCUCAUCGUUAUAUGGACAUGUUCUUUGAAUUACCACUUUCGGAUAAGCAAAAGGCUCAAAGGAAGAGAGGAGAGCAUUGUGGUUAUGCUAGUAGCUUUACUGAGAGAUUUUCAUCUAAGCUACCUUGGAAAGAAACACUCUCUUUUCCAUACUCUGCCGUACAAGGCUGCACCCACAUGCUUGAUGACUACUUUCUAAGGACAAUGGGUGAAAAUUUUACCCAUAUCGGGAACUUUUACCAAGAAUACUGCAAUGCCAUGAGCACUCUGUCAUCUGGGAUCAUGGAACUGUUGGGAGUGAGCCUGGGCGUGAGCAGGAAACAUUUCAAACAAUUCUUUGCAGAAAAUGAAUCGAUUAUGAGACUCAACUAUUAUCCAACAUGUCUAAAACCAGAACUUGCCUUAGGAACUGGACCACAUUGUGAUCCAACAUCAUUAACAAUCCUCCAUCAAGACAGAGUCGCGGGGCUUCAAGUUUUCAUGGACAACCAAUGGCGCUCCAUCACUCCAAAUCUCAGUGCUUUUGUCGUUAACAUAGGCGACACAUUUAUGGCGCUUUCAAAUGGAAGGUACAAAAGUUGUUUGCACAGAGCGGUAGUAAACAACAAAACACCUAGGAAAUCUCUUGCUUUUUUUCUUUGUCCUAAGAAGGAUAAGGUGGUGAGGCCACCAGCAGAACUUGUGGACUCCAAUAAUCCUAGAAUAUAUCCUGAUUUCACAUGGCCAACCCUUCUUGAGUUUACACAGAAGCAUUACAGAGCUGAUACCAACACUCUCCAAAUCUUCUCCAAUUGGCUUCAACAGAGAGCUACGGAGGUUCAAAGACAUCCAACGUAGAUCAAGACCUUAGUCUUUUUGUAUAUAUAUUCUUUCAUGCUAUCAAAAUGUUUGAGUUACAAAAACCGGAAUUCUUUAUGGCAAGCCAGAUAUGAUAACCUAAAGAAGAAAAUAAUAGUUUAUGUAUACUGGCUAGAUAAAGUAAGCACUGAAUUCGACCGAUUGUUUGAGUGAA